ACCAAGGUUUGUAUAAACUUUUUGAAGGCGAUGUGAAGCUGAGAGAGGGUGAUCUUGAGAAGAGAAACAUUGAAGUAAAGAGAAAUGCACUCAGAGAUAGAUCCAAACUUUGGCUCACUCGUGUUAUACCGUACGAGAUAUCAGAUGAGUUAAGUAAGUAGACCGAAAUGCGAAUGCCAUUUUGACAAUUUGUACAAGGAAUCAGAAGAUAUACUCCCAGUUGUUUUAAUUUUUGUAUCAGUUCAAUGAAUUUUAAUCUGUUGAAAUAAAUCGCCCCCAACUAAAAACUGCAGUUUAGCAAAACAACACACAACAGACGCAUUUUGUGGCAUAUAUUUUGAGUAAGCUAAUGCAGCAGAAAUUCUUUAGAUACUUUUAUAAUGGACAAUUUACAUGGAUACUUUUUAAUUUUUAAUCUUUUAAUUAAGUUGUAUAUGAUAUUAAGAUAUACUGUAUAAAAUAUUUAAAAAAAUUGUCUAUAGAGGCUCUCGCUAACCUCAGUUUUACCUAGAGGAACUGACGAACCUCUAGAUCGCAGAGGGAGUGACGGGGCUCUGUUCAUAUUGUUCAUCACAGUCGAGUUGAGUGAGAUAUACUAGGUUCUCUAGAGGAACAGGCAAACCUCUAGAUAUCAGGGGAACAGGCAAAUCCCCAUUUAGGUCGUUGAUGUUGAGUUGAAUUGGUGACCACUGACCAACUAUUGAUAAAGGGUACUCAACUAUGAUAUGACUGACCAAUCGAGUCUUUAGGGCGUAGGCGACGUUUACAACAUGCUUUUAUGAGCAGAUUCUCUGUUGUAUCCAGAGCUGUUCCACAUUGCUCUUUACGCCUCUGACCUUUCGCUUCGAAAUUAACAACGACUAUUACCACCAUUCAUUGACAACAAUAUUAAAAACUACAGCGAAAGAGGGGAGGACAAGGGGUGCAACCUCUGAUAUUAUAAACUCGGUACCAAAGCUGCAACAAUGAUUCAAGAAAAAUGCAACAAUCAUAAAAUAAUUAAUAGGUUAUAAAUUAGACAAAUGUGCAUAACAUUUAUUUAAGACAGAACCGAGAAUUGCUGUAACAAAAGGCUGGUAAUAUGGUGGCGACCUAAAUUUGACCCCCUCCCCAACAUUUCGUGACGUGUCCGCCAUUUUAAAACAACGACAACAACAACAACUGUAACAGCAGCAACAACAACAGCAAUAACAACAACAACAACAACAACAACAACAACAACAACAACAACAACAACAACAACAACAAUAUACAAUAAAAUUACAAUAUUUUUUUCAUAAUCAAUUAACUUUAUAUACUUUCCUUUACUUAUUUGUAAAAAUAUUUUUCUAAACUUACUUAAACUACCUACAUUUAAAUUCAUUGCCUGCCACGACUAGCUUGGCUACUUGCAGGUAAUGCAACAUAUAAUCUUUUUUGUAAAUUUUUGUAAACAUUAAAUUAUUAAUUAUUAAAAAAAAGUUUGACAACAACAACAACAACAACAACAACAACAACAACAACAACAGCAACGACAACAACAACAACAACAACAACAACAACAACAACAACAACAACAACAACAACAACAACAACAACAACAGCAACGACAACAGCAACGACAACAACAACACGAGAAGUUGAAAAGAUCGUGAAUAUUUUCAGGUUUCCAUAAGCAAGCAAUACUGAAUGCAUUUGAAGAUUUCCACAAUCAUUCGUGUCUUACAUUUGUACCAAAAACAACAGAAACGCAUUGGAUCAAAUUUAUAAAAGGAAUUGGGUGAGUAUACACAAAUAAUUAACAUUAUUACGCAUUACUUAAUCUCCGUUUUGAUUGGCUGUUGGCCAAGAAAUAAUUCUUGUUACUGUGCAAUUAUAACAUCACAUCUACAGAUGACACGUUCCUACAUGUAAAUAUGACGUCAACCCUGCAGAGAAUAAUCGCAAUGCCAGCUUCUUCACAUGCAGAAAAUAUAAAACCAUGUACAAAAACAUGAAAUAUGAAAACGAUGUACAAAAAUCAAUCUCGUUGCAGGCUCGGGGAACGAGAUUGUACAAAAACUAAAAAGAAGAGAAAACACUAAACCGAGCUACAAACUAAGAUAGCAUUAAGAGUUUUAAACGAGUAUCUUGAAGAGAAAAAUAUACGCAAACCUCAGGAUAAAAAGUUCCUUUCUGAAGUUGUUUUAGUAUAUUAAAACAUUCGUUAAUAUGCGUAAUAAAAUAGUUAUUUACUUCGGUAUUCGCGUGUUAUGGAAAAUUAUCAAGGCCUCGGUUUGUGUUAUCUGACAACCUCGGCCUUGAUAAUUUUCGAUAUCACGCUCAACCUUGUCGGCAUAUUUAUUGAUUAUUUUCUUACUCUAGUAACUGCUGGUGUACCACCAUCGGCUACACGAUAUCCACCUAUGAAUUCUAAUCAAUUUCUACAAACUUGUUUGAUAGAUGCUGGUCGUACAUUGGUCGGGGCUACUCAUCACCAGGCCCCCAGACUUUAUCACUCGGCUCUGGUUGUUACAGUAAAGGAGUUGUCAUUCAUGAAAUUCUUCACGCGCUUGGCUUUCAACAUGAGCAGUCCAGACCGGACAGGGAUCGAUAUGUUGAAAUAUUUUGGGAAAAUAUUAUUGAAAGUAAGGAUUAGAAUUUAAGAGAAAUCCAUUUCAUAAAGAGAAUCCCGCUUCACAAGUCCAAACCAAUGAUAAGUAUAUUAUUCAAAAGGAGAUACUGGGAUUUAGGGACACUUCCCUACAUCCCUAGAAUGGUGAACCGCGCUGACUAUUUUAGCAACGCGCGUGAAAAUCUCACAGUUUGUCAACAAAAUGUAUCCGCAACGCUUGUUCACAGUUGUUGUCAAGUCUGCAACAAGUUCUUAUCAUCUUACGUAACAAGGUUGGUGAGGCCAACAGACUUGCAACAAAUUGUUCCAACAAGUCUGCACGUCACUGUAACUUGGUAUACGAACAAGCUUGUUGGAACAACUUGUAUAGCAUGUUUGUUACCAUCAUCAACAUGUAACAAGGUGAUGAUAACAACUUGUUCUAGACUUGUCACAACUACUUGGAAAUAAGCAGUGCGAACACAUGCGUUUACUGGCUUGACAACAACCUUGUUGCAACUUGUUUGCAGAUCUAUAAGAACUUGCGCGUUUUACUUGUUCACCAAGCGUUUCCUUUCGUAGGCGAAACCCACAAUUUCAAUAAAUACAGUCAUGCUUAUUUGGAUGUUCUUGGCGUGCAAUACGAUCUGGAGUCUGUGAUGCAUUAUGGAAUACAGUCAUUCUCAAAGAAUAACAAAGACACAAUCAGGGCUAUAUCUGGUGCAAAUAUUGGACAACGUGACGGCUUCAGUAAAACUGACAUCAUUAAACUGAAUUCAUUAUACAACUGUCAUCGUAAGUAGUGUAUAUCUGAUUAUUAAUUAUCCAAGAAUCACAAAGAGGAUGAGUCACUGUGUUUCCUCCUUUAUAAAAAAGUUUUAGAUAUAACUGAUAGAGCUAUCCAGUGUAAAUUAAAUUAAAAUAGAGUAGUUAAGUUGAGGUAUUCUCGGAUACAGGAGAUUCUCCUGUAUAGGAACACUGGAUCUCUAUACGUUCUGAACCUUAGAACUGAUAGAGCUGUCUAGUAUAAAUAAACUAGUUUAGUUUAAGUUUCUUCCUGUAGUAACACCAGACCGAUACGAGAUACCUCUUACCGAGCACAGUUCAGAAGUGACAGAGCUAUCCAAUAUAAAUAUUCCAAAGUUAGUUCAGUUCAGCUAGGUUUUCUCGUGUAGUAAGUCAGAAACCGAUAAGAAUUUCCCUUACUGGACCUCCACGGGGGCAGAGUUCAAAACUGAUAGAGCUAUCCAUUAUAAAUAAAGUAAUAUAGUUUAGGUUUCAUCCUGUAGUAACAUUGAGUCAAUAAGAAACAAUGCUCACUGGACCCUUAGGGACAACAGUUUAGAAUUGAUAGAGCAAUCCAGUAUAAAAUUGUAGUUCAGUUUAAUCAAGUAUUUAUUGUCUUACCAUAGGCAUCCCAAUGUUAUGGUUGCCUACCUGCGCGCGGGCGAGGCAUUGUAUAGUUGUAUUAUUUCCUAUACAUAAUACACAACUAUAUAUACGUACAAUGCCUCGUCCGCACGCAGGCAGGCAACUGUAACAUUGGGCUGCCUAUGGUCUUACCGUAAAUUUACAUUUAAUGAAAAAUUCUCUCUUAUUCAGUGCGUGGUGUUGGAUGGAGCGCCUGGUCUGGUUUCUCGCCGUGUACCAAGGACUGUAAGAAAAAGAGACAAAGAUAUUGUUUCUCCUCAAAACUUGAAGAUUGUCCUGGCGUCUCGUCGCAUGGAGUGGAAACACAGUAUUCACCAUGUUCCACGGACGAUUGUUAUGGUAUGUUAGUUAGGUUGUGCUGUUCUGUAUCGUAACGCAGACGUCGUCUGAACAUGGGCUGGAAAUUUAUCGUGACACUCGCGGCUAUAUAUUCCUAGUUCGAUAAGAAAAUCGAUCAUUUGCAUUAUAGACUGAAUUUUAUUUUGACAAAAAUUUCAUCACAGCUUGAAAGAGCAUCACACAAUUAGUAAUAUUCCAAAGUUUCGUUGCGAAAUGUUGUAAAAUGCGGAUAAUAUAGCCUUGCGAAAUUUGCAAUUUUCAGUCAUUUUGUAUUACAAACGGGAAAUUGAUGCCCCAACACCCGAUUGGGUGCAUCAAUUUCCCGUUUGUAAUACAAAAUGACUGAAAAUUGCAAAUUUCGCAAGGCUAUAUUAUCCGCAUUUUACAACAUUUCGCAACGAAACUUUGGAAUAUUACUCAUUUUGUAAUGCUCUUUCAAGCUGUGAUGAAAUUUUUGUCUAGAUAAAAUUUAAUCUAUAAUGCAAAUGGUCCAUUGGGAGCAUUAGAUUUGAGUACGACCACGACAUUCGGUGUGUGCAAAUACUCGCCAUCUUCUUACGCCAUUCCGUACUCACGCCAUAAUCUAGUAGUAGAUACUUGUUUCAGUGUUUCACUACGAGAUGUUUCAAAACUCUCGACGGUUUCGAGAUUUGUAAAACGUCAGUACAUGUAUAAAAAGAAUACAUAAAAAUAUGGCGUAACCAAACAAACGAUUAGUACAGUCUGCAGAAAUUUGAAUGUCCCCCACAGUGGCAUAAUGCAUGAAAAAUGCAUAGAAUAGGCGAAAAUUGCCGUAUGUCAGUUUGGAUAGUGAUCAAAGCCGUGGUAACAGCAUAAUUUAACGUAUCAUUCCUGUGAUCCAGAUCAACCCGGCUCCAUACUUAUAGCUUAUUAGCAAGCCUUCGACUUGAUCAGAUUGAGUAAAUCAGAAAGGAUGAUGAACACAGUCCAAUGCUUGCUUACUUGCUCAAUCUUCGCGUUUCAGCUCCAAUAGACGGACACUGGGGCCGAUGGUCCUCGUGGUCAGGGUGCAGUAAGAACUGUUCAAUGGGUUUCAGGUCUCGCACCAGAACAUGCACAGAUCCUUCCCCGUUGCAUAGUGGGAAGUAUUGCACUGGUAUCGCAAAGGAACAGCAAGAUUGUUUUGUUAAGUCUACAUGUAAGCCAGGUAUGUUCACAAUCACAAAUCACGAUCAGUUUAGAUUGGUAUUUAUACUCUUCGAGUUCAACCAAGUGCAAAAAUGUCUUUCAAGUUCACCUUAUCCCAACCCCGAAAAUCUAUAUAUACAUGAACUUGUGGUUACAGUUCGACAACUGGCCUCUGUAGCUCAGUUGGUUAGAGCGCUGCACCAGAAUCGCCGGGGCGCAAUUUCGAUUCCUACCAAAGGACCUAGUAUUACAUUUUUCGCAACCAUUCCUGUUAGGUCUUACAUUGUGCAUACUGCCAAUAGGCAAUUCCAGCUUUUAUUUAUGCCUGCAGGGGAUGAUGUGAAGUAAGGUAUCAUAUUGCUGAUUAUGCUGAAAAAUUUCAAUAAAAACUACCGAAACAACCUAAGUAUAAGCUAUCACUCCGUGUUUACACGGCCACCAUUUUUAUUUUUUCAGCAUAAUCAGCAAUGUGAUACCUUACUUCCCAUCGUCCCCUGCACGCAUAAACUAAAAGUUGGAAUUGCCUAUUCAAAAAAGAUUGUCCUUUGCAAACCUUAAACUCUAUGCACGCAAAGUAGUAGUUGAAUAUUGCAGCUAUUUGUGAAUGAAUUUUUCUCGUAAGGAGAUAUAUACCAUGUCUCUAAGAAAUGCGCCCCAUAUAUGAUUUCUAAACUGAUUAAAUGAUGCUCCCAUUAUGCUUUGCACGCUUAGAGUUUAAGGUUUAGAGUUUAAGGUUUAGAGUUUAUUAAGGUUUGCAACGGACAACUUUUUUUGAAUUAGCUGUACAUAUACGCUCACUUGGAUUAUCCACCAAACCCAGCAUUUAAUGACCAGUAUUACAAAUAUGAUCGGUGUUUAUGACUCAUUCUUUAGAAAGAUUAAUUCUAUAGUUCAUUGUCUUUUGUUGUUAUGAUCAACCAAUCACAAAGCCUGUUCGUAUAUGUUGGUGGCGACCAAACUUGAAUGCUAGUGUUUGGUGGAUAAUCCGAACCUGUAUAUGUGAACCUAUAUAUACACAUUGGUCAUUGUAUCUGCAUUGGGUGCCUCAAAAUCGGGAAUUUCGCAUACUCUACCCGUAUGUCUAUUGUUUUGCCGUCUCUAUAUUCUUUAAUACUGUACAAUUAUCUUUCUAUUCCUAGACAACUGUGAGUUCACAUCUGGUUCUUAUUGUCAUUGGGUUCGUAAUAGGAAUUUGAACUAUCAUUGGCAAACGCACAAAGGAGAAACAAAAACACCGGCAACUGGACCUAAUGGCGAUCAUACCUCCGGCUUAGGUCAGAUAUCAUAAUGAUUAAAAAAUACACCUGUAUCAUAAUCAUUGUCAUCAUCAUUAUCACCAUCAUCACCACAAAUGUUUUUACCAUCAUCACCACCAUCAUCACCACUCACCAUCAUCACUACCGUUCAAUGCCUUUGUAAUGCUAAACCUUAUUAAAUCUGUGCUGAAGCAGGUUUCCCUGUAGCGCCAACGACAAAGCAGUCUUAACCAACAUAUUGUUCCACUCUGUCAAUAGGAAGCUUGAGAUGUGCUUCAUCAAGUACGCGCGGAGGUCUACAUCUACAUAUAUUAAGUCGGUAAAAUCCUAUAGAAUAUCACAUCGACUACGUAAGAGGUUAUUUCGCUGGCGUCAGAGUGACAAAACGUGACAAAGAAACGGUUUUACUAACACUAACCCUAUUCCAAGUUUGCUUCUAAACCAAUCUUGAAGAAAAAAGUUUUGACGAAAUGUCACUCUGAGGUCAACGAAAUAAGUCUUCCACCAACUACGUGACGAAAAACACGCGCUCAAUUCCCAGCGUCAGCAACACGAGAGAAAAAACUGUGGAUUCGUUUUCGAAACAAUGACGGAUACAGAUGGGAGAACAAACUUAAACUGGUAACAAAUCCAAAAGUAAUUAAAAGAAAAGAAACUGUUUUUUCGUCACGUCCGUCUAAUAGAUGAAGCACAUCUUGAGCUCCUCAUUAAUGUCGAUGUAUGACAUGAUACUAUCACAUGCCACUAUUACCAUCACCAUAACCAUAACCAUAACCAAAGCAUCAACCACACCAUUAUCAUCAUCACAACCAUCACCAUUAUCAUCACCAACAAAAAAAUAACCAUAAUCACCAACACUAUCAUUUUCACUAACACCAUAAUCAUCAACAUCAUCUUCAACAUCAUCUUCAUCAUUAUCAUCACCAAUAUCACCUUCAUCAUUAUCAUCAUCAUUAUCAUCACCAUCAUCAUCAGCACAACAUCAACAUCACCAUCAUCAUCACCAAUGCUGCGCUGAGUGGUUAUAUUACCACCUUAAAAAACAAGCAGAAACUCGACGUUUCGAGCGAAGGCCCUUCGUCAAGAGUUACGAAGGACCUUCACUCGAAACGUCGAGUUUCUGCUUGUUCUUUAAGGUAGUAAUAUAACCACUCAGCGCAGCAUUUUCACAUUGGUACUACCCACACUGGUACAGACAGUUUUAGUAUAUCAUCAUCACCAACACCAUGAUCAUCAGCACCACAUCAACAUCACCAACACCAUUAUCAUCAGCACCACGGCACCAACAUUCCAUCACAGCACCUCAUACACAUCAUUACCACCACACCACUAUCUUUAACCACAAACACCACUAACCACCGGUAUUGUAAAACUUCUAGAUUAUUACAUCUAUGCUGAAGCAAGUGUACCAGCAACGCCCAAUGAUAUAGCCCUCCUAACCAGCAAGCAAUUUCCACCCUCCCAAUGUCGUUGCAUGACAUGGUACUACAGCAUGUAUGGCAAAACCAUGGGAGAACUUAGUGUGUAUAUCAAGGACGAUAGGGGUUCCAGGAGAAAGUUAUGGAGUAAAAAGGGUGAUCAAGGAAGCAAAUGGAUCUCGGGUGAAGCGACCAUCUCUAACGUGUCCAGCACGGAUUAUCAGGUGAGUAUUGAUUAGAUAUCUCAAACGUGAAGGUCAAGUGUGGAGAUCUAGUUUGAUGUUAGCACUUUAUAAAUACCAGAAAUGAAAAGAACAGGUCAAAAUUAGCAAGUACACAAAAUUUGGAGGCUAUGUUUCAAAACCUGUUGCACUAGCGUCGUUUCUAAAUCAGAAAAAAAUGAUAAGGGAUGUAUAAGAAUUUUGCAUUGAACGGCAUACAUGCGUCAUCUUUAUUGAAAGCAUGAUGACUCAUAUUUUUCUUCCACGUAUUCUAGCAACGCCAUAUGUUUUAUCAACCCACAAAGUUGCAAUGCGCCUUAAUGCGCCCUACUUUAUCAUUUUACUCUGUCUAACAUCAAACGAUUUUACUCGUCAAGGGAAGAACGCUUGAGAACACUGGCACUCAAUGAGUUAAUUAAACUAUGUGUCUUGUUAGACAACCAAGUUGCAUUGCACCAUGAUGAUGCGCCCUGCUCGAUUUUGCCCUGUCUAACGCCAGGCAAUUUUACUCGUCAAGGAAAGUGCCCUGGCGUUCAAUGGGUUAAACUUAUGUUUCCCAAACCAUCGGAAUUAGCGGUAGCAAAAGGCAAUUCUCGCCGGCAAUGCCUCCGGGGGAAACGUCACGUCUCUCUCCCUUAGGUUGUAAUAAAUAAUCUUGUCCAGUUGAAGUGAGCUUUGUAAAAACAUUCCGGCACCAUCGAUAAAAAGUAUCACUCACACAAAUUCACUGGUAUAUUUUCCAGGCCCAGUUAACACGUUUCAACAUCUACAUUUUUGUUACGGACUUUGUUUGCUUCCUGUAACAAAGACAGUUGUUGUAUUUGGUCUCCUUACGAAAAAGUUUCACACUUGAUAUUCUUGAUAAUUUGAUUGUGCACAAGUUCGUUUUCAUCCUGAGUAAAUCCACAACACGUAGAACAAAUUUUUGGCUUCUAGAAAUUUUGCCUAAUUUAGUAAUUCUGAUGGCUGGUUUCCCGCACAAUGGAAAAAUGAAUUAUUGACCCAAAAGUAUUCCAUGAUGCACUGUGCAUUACAUUAAAAGUUGCGAGACGUCAGCACAUAAUGUCUAUUACUGCCUGUUUAUGUCUAGGUGGAAUUUGAAGCAAUCCGUGGUCCUUCUUAUCAUGCUGAUAUAGCUUUGGAUGACAUCUAUUUCCGCGAAACGCCUUGUGGUAAGACCAUUGAACUUGUAUUAAUCCAUGUAGCUUAUACGACGAUACUUUUAUACGACGAUACUUAUCGUCUCUUGUUGGUCCAGUGUAACUACAGAUGGAAACCUAAAUUGAAUUACUAACUUUAUUUAUACUUUGCAUAAACGCAUUUUUCAACCAUACAGGUGCGGAACGGUUAGGUUGCUUCAACGAUCGCUACGGGAGAGCAUUGCCAGAUUUGAUUGUGAACCUUAGAGAUAAGAUAGACUGGCAUGAUAUGCAGAAAACUGUCAGAGAAUGUGCCUGUACUGCACAUGAACAGGGAUACAAGGUGAGCAACAAGAAUUUUUUAUGCCACAAUAUUAUACAGUUGAGUAAGUUACGGCCUUCAAAAAUUUCUAACUAAAAUAUUAACUAUAUUUUUGUUCUCUAUUCAGUAUUUUGCAGUGCAAUUUUAUGGGGAGUGUUGGGGUUCGCGAGAUUUUAUUGCAUAUGAUAAAUACGGCGCCUCUGAUGACUGUGUGUCUGGUGUGGGGAAAGAUUUCACCAACUUUGUGUACAAAUUUACGGAUUAAAGAUUAAGUAUAUUGAUUUUAAGGAUUACGUACAGUACCUGGAUUAACAUAGCUUCGAUAUUAAUUUUCAAUAUGAAUAGUUUAUUAUGCUUAGUUUACAAUAUUGAAUUGGCCAUGGAGUAAGGAUUAAGUUCAUGGAUUAAUUUAAGCUGUACAUUAAUUUUCACUUUCUAAUUAUAAACUAUAUAUCGUUUACCAAGCUUGGUUUAUUAGAUUGAAUUACUAUAGCCAUCACUGCAAACUUCCGGUUAUCGUUCCAUGUUUCGUGCACCAAUAUAGGUUAGGGUUAGGUUUAAGGUUAGUGUUGGAUUUUUUUAUAUAUGUAUAUAUGGAGGUAUCCAGUUGACUUUGCAGUACACUAUAGUAUCCAUUACAUAACGUUUGCUAUAUUGGUGCGCGAAACAUGGAACGAUCACCAAACUUCCUCCCCUCAAUAUUUUACCCCACAGUGACUCGAUCAACUGUAAGCUCCUCAAUUUUUGAAGUAAAUAUUUACAUUACUCAAGAAAUGAGUAAACUUGCUCUGAAAUUUCAGUAAUUUUACCCAAUAUUUUGAACCACUGUGGGCGCAUAUUAGCCCCUCCCCCGUAGGCAUCUCGUGGUUCACCAUGGUUGCUUGGAUUCAAUGCCGCCAUGCAAUCUCAAGGUGAUGCUUGCAUAUAUGAGGCUAGGCGCAUAUAUAUUAUAUUACUAUAAGUUUUUGAGUUAAUUUUAACUGCAUAUUUCCCAAGCUUAGUGCUAUUAGAUUGAAACAACCAUGGUCAAGGUUAAUUUAUAGAUUGAAUUGAGAUGAUUAAAAUGUUCACCAUUGUAUUUAUAUUUUAAAACGCACAUUAUUAGUCCAGCUUAUGGUAAUAUGACUCAUAUAUUCAUUGCGUUAAAAUACUGUGCAAGACUUCGU